GAAUUGAGUUAUCUGUACGAACAUAACAAUGGACAAUAUCACUUAAAUAUAAUAGUUAGCUAACUAAAUGCAUGCUACACGUUAGCAUGUAGCUAGCUACGGGUCCUAAUAAUAUCAUGUUCUGCUACGUGAGGGAAAACGUCCUACCUCUAUGACUUAGUUGCCAAGAGACUGAUCAUCAUCAUGGGCAAGAGUUGUAAAGUGGUGGUGUGUGGUCCGGCUGCCGUUGGCAAGACUGCCGUCCUGGAGCAACUGCUGUAUGCCAAUCAUAUUGCGGGCUCAGAGCCCAUGGAAACCCUGGAGGAUAUCUAUGUUGGCUCCAUAGAAACGGACCGUGGCACUCGAGAGCAAGUGCGCUUCUACGACACCCGGGGUCUUCGUGAUGGUCUGGAGUUCCCUCGCCACUACUUCUCCUUUGCGGAUGGUUUUGUCCUGGUCUACAGCAUCGACAGUAAGGAGUCCUUCAAACGGAUGGAGGCCCUCAAGAAAGACAUUGACCGCUACCGUGAUAAGAAAGAGGUGAACAUAGUGGUGCUGGGCAACAAGCUAGACAUGCAGGAGCAGAGGAGAGUGGACUCUGAAGUGGCCCAGUACUGGGCCAAGACAGAAAAGGUGCGUCUGUGGGAGGUGUCUGUGGCAGACCGGAGGACCCUCAUCGAGCCUUUUGUCCACCUGGCCAGCAAGAUGACCCAGCCCCAGAGCAAAUCAUCCUUCCCCCUCAGCCGCAAUAAGAACAAGGGGAGUGGCGCUGUCGAUAGUUGAGGGAUUAGGGGGGAUGGAAGGGGGGAGGGAGUGAGGAUUGAUGAAGAAUGGGAAAGAGUAGUAGGGGAAACGCAAUAGACUGAUUGUUAGCCUAUCACAAAUACAGACAAUUUUAUGUCUGCACAAAUGUACACCAAUGGUUUCAUGGAGAUUUUGACUGAUAUUUAGACUCAUAUUUGACCAUUUAGACUGAUCUUUGACGACAAGUAAAUGUUGACAUCAAAAGUAACACAAAUGGAUAAUCAAGAGGGUUGUUUGUAUCAUGGAGGAUACAUAAGGGAUUAUAUUACUGUUAGUUAAUCAGGAGAUUUGUUACACUACUGGCAUGCCAUCUACUCAGAUGAAAUAUGGCAACUAUUUUAGCAUGGAUAAUCUGAAUUUUAUUUUAAGUUAAAGUACAUGAAACAAAUCCAUAUUUAUUUAUUUUUGAAUCCCUCCCCCUUUUCCCCCCAAUUUCGUAGUAUCCAAUUAUUAGUAGUUACUAUCUUGUCUCAUCGCUACAACUCCCGUACGGGCACGGGAGAGACGAAGGUCGA